AGCGCGCGAGAGAGAUAGAGAGAGGGAGGGGGAGAUAGAGGGAGGAGGAGAGGAUGCGACCAGUGUUUGAGUAGAUGGACCGUCUCUCUGCUGAUGCUCGGAUGUGCGGACACAUCGUUUCUUCCUGUACAUCGUCGUCCUUUCCCGUUUGAAGCUGAGAACUAAAAGCAGGUGACAAGAUGGGGAACGGUUCGAUUAAAUCAAAGCGUUACAAACACACGGACGGCUCCGCUGCCGCCUCCAACAGCCGAGCCCACAAAGAUCCCGGGUUCAAAAACUUGUCCCUGGACUCCCUGAGGGCCCGGGUGGACGAGCUGGAGCGGGAGGGCAAGCGGAAGGACGAGGAGCUUUGUGCCAAAGAGCAGCAGAUCAAAGGUCUCCAGGAGCAGCUGGCCAAACAGACGCGAUCUCUGGCCGAGCUGAGCGAGGAGCUGCAGGACAAGUGCGUCCAGCUCAACAAGCUGCAGGACGUGAUGAAGAGCCAGAGCGGGGCCUCGGUGUCCUCCAGGACCCCUUCCAUCAAAGCCAGCAGCAAGAACAGCCCAAACCUGAGCGUUCGCAUCAAGGGAAGCAUCAAUAGGAGGAAAGGGGCCAAAUCCGGGGUGUCGGCCGAACCCACGUCCAGGACCUACGACUCCAGCGGCCUGCCGAAGUUCUCCUUCGAGAAGGCCCGGGUGUCCAAGGAUGCGAGCGUGAAGAAGCUGCUGACGGACGCCCUGAACAAGAACCAGUACCUGAAGAGGCUGGAGCUGCAGCAGAUCAAAGACAUGGUGGAGUGCAUGUACGAGCGCACCUACCUGCAGGGAGAGUACGUCAUCAAGCAGGGAGAGCCUGGGAACCAUCUGUUUGUCCUGGCAGAUGGGAAGCUGGACGUGUUUCAACAGAACAAACUGCUGGCGUCGAUAACGGUGUGGACCACGUUUGGAGAACUAGCCAUCCUGUACAACUGCACGCGGACUGCGUCGGUGCGAGCGGUGAACAAAGUGAGGACGUGGGCUUUGGACCGGGAGGUGUUUCAGAACAUCAUGAGGAGGACGGCCGAGACGCGACACGAACAGUACCGCAACUUCCUCCGAAGUGUUUCACUCUUGGCUUAUCUACCGGAGGACAAGCUAAGCAAAAUAGUGGACUGCCUCGAGGUGGAAUACUAUGACAAGGGAGAGCACGUCAUCCGGGAGGGAGAGGAGGGCAGCACCUUCUACAUCAUCGCACAGGGGAAGGUGAAGGUGACCCAGACCACCGAGGCCCACAAGCUGCCGCAGACCAUCAACACGCUGCAGAAGGGAGACUACUUUGGAGAGAAAGCCCUUAUAAGUGAUGAUGUCAGGUCAGCGAACAUCAUGGCCGAUGAGAACGGGGUGGAGUGCCUCGUCAUCGACAGAGAGACAUUUAAUCAGACAGUGGGCACCUUCAACGAGCUGCAGAAGUACCUCCAAGGCUACGUGGCAACACUCGAUCGUGACGACAAGAAGAGACAUGCCAGGAGGUCGGUGUCGCGUCACCAGAGCCAGCCGCUGUCGCCGGACGUCGUCCAGCUGAAGGACAUGGUGUCGGCGUUUCCUCCGUCCAGGCCCUUCGACCACCUGGAGGUCGUCGCUACUCUCGGCGUCGGCGGCUUCGGACGGGUAGAACUGGUGAAGGUGCAGGGCGAGGACGUCACCUUCGCUCUAAAGGUCAUCAAGAAGAAGCACGUGGUGGACAACAGGCAGGAGGAGCACAUCCACUCGGAGAGGAAGAUCCUCACCGAGGCUCGCUCGCCAUUCGUUGUCAAACUGUAUCGCACAUUUAAGGAUAACAAGUAUGUGUACAUGCUGCUGGAGGCCUGUCUGGGUGGAGAGAUCUGGAGUCUGCUCAGAGACAGGGGGAGUUUUGAUGAGCCCACCGCCAAAUUCUGCGUUGGUUGCGUCACGGAGGCUUUCGAUUACCUCCAUCGCAAAGGUGUCCUCUACAGAGACUUAAAGCCUGAGAAUCUCAUGCUGGAUACUGAGGGAUACAUCAAACUGGUUGACUUUGGUUUUGCCAAGAAGAUCCGAUGUGGCCAAAAGACCUGGACCUUCUGCGGGACACCGGAGUACGUGGCCCCUGAGAUCAUCCUCAACAAAGGCCACAACUUCAGUGUGGACUUCUGGUCCCUGGGCAUCCUGGUGUUUGAGCUCCUUACCGGCAGUCCUCCGUUCUCAGGGAGUGACCAGAUGAUGACGUACACUUUCAUCUUGAAAGGAAUCGAGAAAAUGGACUUUCCCAAGAAGGUCACGAAGAGACCCGAGGACCUCAUACGCAAGCUGUGCAGGCGAAAUCCCGCAGAGCGACUGGGGAACCUCAAAAACGGAAUAACUGAUAUCAAGAAGCACAGGUGGUUCAACGGCUUCAACUGGGACGGACUGAAGGCGAUGACUUUACCAUCUCCUCUGAAAAGAGAACUUACAGGACCGUCAGAUCACAGCUAUUUUGACAUCUACCCUCCAGAUGAGGACAGUCCUCCUGAUGAGCUGUCUGGUUGGGACAUGGACUUCUGAGACCUUCCGCUCCAUCUUUCCAUUAUUGUCCUUCUUUUGCACGCCCUAACAACCAAAACUUAAUGGCCAAAAUGGGUGUUCAGGGGACCUUGCAUCGGGCAGCCAUGGGGGAGGUCCUCAGGUUCUUGGAAACAGUAGCUGCAAUUAGCAGGUUACUUUAUGAGCUUAUGAUUGGCCGUCUCAACACAAAUGAACAGAUAUAGGAGAAUUCGCCCUUUGACUGUCAAGUUGAACAACUUGUUACGUUACCAUUACUAUUCUUUUGGCUAAUAUAUCUGACAGGCACAGGUACAAUGUAGUGCUAAUAGUGGUACAGUAGUAGUAGCGUGUUAGCAUUAAAGCUAGAAUCCGUAAUACUGAAAAGCUGCUGAGGUUCUCCACAAUCUGCUGCUGAGAAAUGUUGCAGCUGUGUGUUACAAUCAGGCGACAACCUAGGGUUCUGCCGAGUGAAGCUGAUGCGGAAGUGUCUUAAAACCUGCAUUCUCUCUACUGACCAGCAGGGGGCGAC